GAAGAAAGAGGAAGUGAGACUGAAGAAAGAGGAAGUAAAAGGGUUACUUAACAACUCAAAAGACAAGUAAGUUACCAUCUUAUAUAUGUGGAAGAGGACGUUUAAAAAGAAAAGUAACAUCUUUAGAAACACACACACUAUGAUCGGUGAAAGCUGCUGUGCUGGUUUAAAGUACCAAAAGAGCGUGCAUUGAUUUCAACUGAAAGCCGAUGCCCAGAGUUACCCAUGAUGUUACACAGUGAUUGAAGUCAAUAAUUGUCAGACUCAAUAGGACCUGAAGGAAGAAACUGUGAAAAACUGAAGAAAAACGAUCCACCACCAUCUCUCAGAUGUUUGCCAAAGCCACAAAAGCCUUCGUGAAGGACACAGAUCAUGAGGGACGCCUGAUCCCUGUGUCCAGUCUGAAUGACACAGACAAACUGAAUCUCCGAUCACUCAUUGUCAAGACCAAGCACAGAUGCUUCUGGCAGGAACCCAAAUACCAGUCCCCUGGCUUUACCCUCGGUGAUGUCCUGAGGCCUGGAGAGCCUGGAAACACACCUUUAAGCCCAACUGUCAAGGAGUCUGACUUUGUGGACUACAGUGGGAUAUUUGGUGACAAGAAAGAAAUGAACACAGACGGAAACAUUGAGGCUAAGUUGGCUGAUUUCAACAUUACCGUGAGAGGGAAAUGGUCCACCAAACAGAAGCUGUCCCUUGGCAGCCUGAACAAAGAGAAGGUUGAUGUGAAGGAGUUACACAACUACUCAAAAGACAGAGUUCUGGACAUGUCCCAUCCUGUGAUCAAGCAGACCCGUGCGAAUCCCAGGGCAGUGUUAGGCGUCUUGACGGAGAGGAUUAUGACAUCACUACCUUGCCCGGUCACAAACAAUGUCCAGAAGCGUGGCAAUGUAGGAGCCAACGUGAGUGCCUGUGUGUUCCUGAGCGGGAAGGCCUCUAUGAAGCAGAGCGGUAGUACUCAGACAGAAAGUGAUGUGUCGCUGGGUAUUCCUGCAAAUACUGUCAUGGCCUACAGUCUGAUUGAACUCUACGUCAAAUGCAAUGGAACGUUUGAGCUGUGCCUCAUCCGCAACAAUGGGGGCUUUGAAAAGGUUUGGUCAAAGGAUGAGAUUGAAGAGGAUGGAAUUAUGGACCUGAGAGGCGACUUUGCUCCCAACAGCCCCCUAAAUCUGAACGAAGAGCUGGACAAACUGAGUGGUCAUUUCCAGCUGCUGUCAGCUCUGCCGGUGGCCAAACGUUCCUCUCUGCUCCAGCUCCUCAAGACAACCAUGGAGGACAGAGAGGCAGUCAGUGUGCUGGAGAGUGUGCUGGAUCAGACGUGUGAUGGUGAGACUCCUGACCUGGGUGAUCUGGAAGAGUCUGAGAGGGAAACAGUCCAGGCCAUACUGGAUCUUGUAGACCAAUGUGUUGGGAAGGAUGAGGAUGAGUUCAGAUCCUCACUUCUCAGUGCCGUCCACCUCAUUGUCAGUGCCAUGGACGGAAUGACAGAUGAGGGUCUCUCUGUGUUGGGAUCCUGUUGCAGUCCUCCAGUCUUACAGGCCCUGCAGAUCCUGGUGCAGCAUGUGGCAGCAGGGAGUGGGGAGACCCUCUCUCUGAGAGAUGCAGGUCUGGCUGUUCUGACUGAGGAGGAGGUGUUUGGGAGGACAGAGAGUCUCUUUGGUCACUCUAAAGUUACACUGAAGAGAGAGGAGGACACACUGAGGACAGAGAUGAAGGACCAGCCUGGAUACCUUCCUCUAGUCAUGAGUAUCACUGUGAAAGGCCUGGCCUCUUUAGUGUAAGGAGGGAGAGGAGGGAGAGGGAGAGGGAGAGAGAGAGUCCAUGCAACUUGUAAAUCCAGUUUGAAUGGAUACACUCAGUACUCCAUUCCAUGCUUUACUCUUGCGCUAGUUGAGCUAAAGAACUAGUGAACAACAGUGUAUGUAUACUUGUAAUGUUUUCAAUAAAGUUCAACAAACGAUCA